AUGGAGCCAAAUCUCAAGGAUCGACUGGCUGAACUGCGACAGUAUCUCAAGGCGCUACCAUCCAACAUUCCCGUCCCAAAGGAAUCAAAGUAUAAUUUUUCCGACUUCAGCUUGGACGCCGAUUGGACUGCAGAAAUCGGAGAAGCUGCAGCUGUCAACCGAGAACUAGAGGUCAGGUUUGGAAGGCGUGCUGGUGGCCUGAAAAUCGUGGAGCGAGGGCCAGAGACAGAAGCUGUUGUGGAUGUUCUCGAAACUUGGAUCAAAAAAUAUCCAGGCGACAUUCUCUUAGAGAAGUGGGUCUAUGACACUCUCGAAGCUGCGCGAGGUCUCAUUCUUGCAGCCGGCAACACUUUGCCAGUCUUCGACGUGGAAGUAGAUUCUACGAAGCACAAGCCAGUCAAUGUCAAUAAUCAUCAACCCGAGAAAAGAAAGAAGGUUCAGAAACUCGAUACACAUGUCCUGUCAACCUUCGAUGAUGACCGGUGCCUUGAUGCUGAUGAAGACGAGGAUGCUCGCAAAGGUGGUGCUAAGAUGCACCCACUACUUCGCAAGAUUUCGAAGCCUUGUCGUCUGGCAAGCGAUCCUACUGGUACCAAAAUUGUGCGGUGCAUUGCUAGCCAUGGAGCUCGACAACGUAUAAUGAAGCACGCUGCCCUUGAGUGUCCAAGCAUGGCGAAAGAGUGGCGGAAAGAAGCAAGAGAGUAUAUGGCGUCCCAGGCAACAGGAGGGAAAGCAAAGGUCGCAGAAGAAGCAUUGGACUCGGAUUCUAACGAACAUGUUCUUGCGUCGGAGAUGAUCAACGACGCACCAGAUGAUCCAUAUAUCACAGCAUUCUUCUUGAACCCAGAAUAUAGAGCAGCGCAGAUCUACAAAAAUAUCAAUCCUCUCGACUUGCCGCCUAUUCAAUUAAGCAAAUCUAAUAGAACCUAUGCUGUUGUGUCCCCCGAAGAUGCGAUUAUCAAGAGAGUUGGCACGAGUCUCCAGCGCAUGUUAAAGCACGAAUACGGUGAUGUUUACGAUGGGGUAAGGUCGAACCAAGUUGCUGCAAAACUCAUGAAGGAGAGAAAUCCGCGCUUGGCUGGAUUGACGCCACGAGAGGCUCUGCAGUCACUGAAGGUCGAGCUCAAGGAGUAUAGCAAAGGUGCAGAUCCUUUCAACCGCAAGCCUCGCAAAAACGAGAAUGUUCGGGAUUGGUGGCUCGCUGUCCAGAAAGAUGAAAACGCGCAGGUUCUUGGGGUGAUAAAGUCAUUUACGCGAUUGGUUCAAUUCACUAAAGUCUUGUUCUUGUGUCAGGCUCUCGCGAUCAAGUUAUAUUCUGUGGUACCGGUGUCAAUGGCUGACGAGAGGACUGUGUCGACCAUAACGUGGCUCAAUAGUCCUACUCGGAGCCGACAAGACAUCGCAACAUUAAAAGAAACCAUUCAAAUUCGCCAGUGGCACCGCUGGAAACCUGAUUCAGUGGCAUCAAAAACGGCUCCUUCGGUCAAAUGGCGCGAUAUGCAUGCAACCAUCCUCGGUGACCAACAACCUGAGAAGCCAACGGUCGUUCCACCACCUGUCCGACCACCUAUGAAAAGAGAUGUCGCAAUAAACGACUCGGAUGACGAGACCAGUGAGGGACAGUGGCCUUAUGAUGGUGAUGACGUGAGCUUCGAUGGAGAAAAAAGUGACAGGUUUGAUGUUGGUGAUCACAUCAACUUAUCAUCAGGAUUCCUUCUCGAUAUUCUCUCAGACCAGCCUGUGCAGCUUGAGCCAACCGCUUCCGCGAGUCACGGACCUCCAUCCAAGCUGACGUCUGACACUGCAACUUCAUCGACGACACCAAUGGAUGACGAGUGGGAGACAUGGGAGUCUGUAGACGUCAAAAAGCUGGAGCUUUCGGGGGCUCUGCCCCCGAACUCCCCAAUGCAGGACAACUGCCAGGAACUAUCUGAGCCCGUGUAUAGUAUGAAAUGGCUAGCGAGGAUAGACAAGCGGCUUCAAUCACGCGUAGCGGAACGGCAGGCUCUCUUGUUCGCUAGGUACCAGGCGGGCACGAUGAAACGGAACAAGCAGAGAGCAGAACGCGAUGCAUGCUCGGCUAUAUUGCGAGAGGCCACUGGGCUUUCUAAGUCGGAUAUUCACAAGAAAUUCAGGAGACAGGGGAGGGCAAGGAGGAAGGCAUUGAUUGCGGCAGAACAAGACACUGAGAAAGCGGUAACACAAAUUUUAGCGGACACGCAAGCGCUGCUAGUAGAGAAAGAGGCGGAACUCCUUGCAAUGCGAGAUGUAGCACAAAGGGAUGCGUUGCUCGCAGCAGAGAAAAUUGCAUUUUGGAAGAGAGAAUGGACGAUCUACUUGUAG